AGUAUUUCUUCACUCUCUGAGUUUCUGGUGAGCCCAAAAACAAAACAAAAUACUGCAAGAAAAUUGUAUGCGUGUGCUGGCCGUUGAGCACUUCGGUGGAGAGUGGGAGAAGGAUCUGCAUAAGAUUUCAGAGGGGGAAUUCUGCCCAUCCAGUCCGAACCGGCCGCAGCUCCGUAAGCAUCUCACGCCACCCCUCUGCAUCCCCAGGGCUGCCGUUGGGAGCGCGCGAUCAGCAAGCUUCUUGGCGCCCAGUCCCUGCGACUAUCUCUUCCCAGUCCCGGGACUAGGUCUGCCCCACUCGGAUUCUCCACUCUUGGCAGCGCGCGUCCCCGCGGACUGCUGAGACCAGGCGGCGCGGCGGCAGGUGACCCGCUUCUCCAGUCCCGGGCGCAGCCCAAGGGACGUUGUCAGCAUCGCGGAGCCCAGCCCUGGGCCUCUGCAGCCAUCUUCAGGGAGGGAGGCGCGGCCUCCGGACGCGGAUCCGCCCCCGCCGCCCGGGUUGCCCCGCCCUGGUUGCCCCGCCCGGCUCCGCAGAGCGCUGCGCCCGGGUUCCGACUUCCCUUCCCUACCCUGCUAGGCUGCGUCGCGCGCUCAUCGCCCAGCCCGCAGAGCUCGCGCCGCGGCAGCCCAGCCGCUCGGCCCCGCCGCGCUUGCAGAGGCCGCCAUGGGCACCGCGCGCUGGUUCGCGCUGGGCAGCCUCCUCGCCCUGGCUAGGCUGCUGGAAGGCCGGCUCGUGGGCGAGGAGGAAGCCGGCUUUGGCGAAUGUGACAAGUUCUUCUACGCCGGGACCCCGCCUGCGGGGCUGGCGACCGAUUCCCACGUGAAGAUCUGUCAGCGCGCGGAGGGCGCUGAGCGCUUCGCCACCCUCUACAGCACUCGAGACCGCAUCCCCGUGUACUCCGCGUUCCGCGCCCCGCGCCCUGCGCCCGGCGGCGCAGAGCAGCGAUGGUUGGUGGAGCCACAGUACCCCUACGCAUACCUGCAAGAGAGUGUCUUCAUUUGCCAUUGCAGAGCCAGAGAGAUGCACAGUUGGACUGCCCUCGGACUAGAGAUCGAUGACCCCAACAGCAACCUUGAGGAGGCGAUUAAUGAGGCAGAGGCCAUCACCUCUGUGAACAGCCUGGGAAGCAAGCAAGCCUUGAAUACAGAUUACCUUGAUUCUGAUUACCAAAGAGGACAGCUAUACCCGUUCUCCCUUAGCAGUGAUCUCCAGGUGGCCACAUUUACUCUCACAAAUUCAGCCCCAAUGACUCAGUCCUUCCAGGAACGGUGGUACGUGAAUCUCCACAGCCUAAUGGACCGGGCUUUGACCCCACAGUGUGGCAGUGGGGAAGACCUAUAUAUCCUCACAGGCACAGUGCCCUCGGACUACAGAGUUAAAGAUAAAGUGGCAGUCCCUGAGUUUGUUUGGCUGGCGGCCUGUUGUGCUGUCCCUGGAGGUGGCUGGGCCAUGGGCUUUGUCAAGCACACCCGGGACAGUGACAUCAUAGAAGACGUGAUGGUAAAAGAUCUUCAGAAACUGCUUCCAUUUAACCCUCAGCUGUUUCAGAACAACUGUGGUGAAACUGAGCAAGACACAGAGAAAAUGAAAAAAAUCCUGGAAGUGGUUAACCAAGUCCAGGAUGAAGAACGAAUGGUGCAAUCUCAAAAGACUUCUAGUCCCCUCUCUAGCACAAGGAGCAAGAGGUCUGCUCCGUUGCCUCCAGAGGCAUCUGAGGGAAGUAGUACCUUUUUGGGAAAACUCAUGGGCUUCAUUGCUACCCCAUUCACCAAGCUUUUUCAAUUAAUUUAUUACCUUGUAGUAGCAAUCCUGAAGAACAUUGUCUAUCUCCUGUGGUGUGUUACCAAGCAGGUGAUUAAUGGCAUAGAAAGUUGUCUUUACCGCCUGGGGUCAGCCACCAUCUCAUACUUCAUGGCCAUUGGGGAAGAGUUGGUGAGCAUUCCCUGGAAGGUGCUGAAGGUUGUGGCCAAAGUCAUCAGGGCUAUUCUCCGGAUCCUUUGUUGUCUGCUGAAGGCCAUUUGCCGAGUUCUGAGCAUCCCUGUCCGUGUCCUUGUGGAUGUGGCCACUUUCCCUGUGUAUACCAUGGGCGCUAUUCCAAUUGUAUGCAAGGACAUUGCACUGGGCCUUGGUGGCACUGUCUCACUGCUCUUUGACACUGCUUUUGGUACCCUGGGCGGCCUAUUUCAGGUUGUUUUUAGUGUCUGCAAGCGGAUUGGCUACAAGGUUACUUUUGACAAUUCUGGGGAGUUAUAAACUCAAAAAACUAAUAGUAUCCAGUCACAGUGAAUUUGAAAGCUGGAAUAUUUUGUCUUUACAAUGGGUUUCUGUUCACUGUCAGUUUUCAUUAUAUUUUGGCCUUUGGUGGGGAUGUCUGCUUGUUUUUGCAAAAGAAGAUGGCAGAAUUUAGACUUGACAGAGGAGAAAUGCUCAGGGUGAGAUUAGGUGUAGUAAUCUGCUGUUUACCUCCAGUUAUGUGUGCAAACUCCCAAGCCACUAAUAACUUCAGUUAUGCACUCUGACAUAGAUGACCACCUGAAAUGCACUGGUAUUUAUUUCUGAUAAUUAAAAAUUAUAGGGGAGGAAAGAAUUAGAAAAAGAACAACUUUAAACCAAAGGUGUCUGAGAAAAGAACAAAGGGAGCUUGUUCCUCCCAUUGCUUUUUGUGAUUUAAGGCAAAACAGAUAAAAAUAAUUCUGCAGCCAAUUUCUCAGCAUUUGCUUAUCUUUCUCCCCAACUCAACUGACCUUGGUGGAAUGCAGAUAAUGCCUCUCUGUUGAAAUGACUUUGUGGGGAUGUAGAAUUUUCUAUAUCUCUUAGCUUUCCUUGGCUCUCAAGGAUAUGUACAGUUUUCAUUUUCCUCCAAAGUUGAAUUUUGCUACAUUUUUCUUUUAGGUAAUUAUAAGCACUUUUAAAAAAAUCAUUUUUAGGUAAUGGUAACCAUUUUAUGCCAAAUGUGGCGUAACAGAGUUUGAAUUGAAGGGCAAAGUUUUUUUUUUUUUUUUUUUUUUUGGCAUCUUGAAUGGUAUAAUACAGUCCUCUCAGGUGAAAAGAAGAGAAGAGAAGGUGGACAGCCCUGCUCUUAGUAGGUGCUGCAGAUCCAAGGACAUCUUUUGCCCAGCUUGGAUUAACUUGACGUGUAUCCCUGCCUGCCAGGGUUGAACUGAAAGAUCCAUAUGUUAAGCUAACAUGAAAAUUCAUAUUCUGCAACAUACUAGAUUUUUCUAAUGCAUUGAGUAAGUACCGAGUACAGUAAAAAUACUCUGACUUAUGUCCCUAAAUGGUUGUUUUGGUAUAACUAUAUAGAAAAGAGCCACAAAAUAAAGAUAAAAAUUAUUCUGGCCAUCUCUGAAAAAAAUAUGUAAAAUAUUUAAGAAUAAUUAUAUCUUAGGAAAUUAUUUUUAUAGUGUGUUUCAGGCUACAAACAUAACUCCCCCAUUAAUACAAGUGAAAUGUGAGAGCUCAUUCUCAAAUUUUUUUUGAUCAAGCACUUGUCAUUUUAAAUCUUGCGCUAAAAAAUGUAACAAGAGGGACCAAACUUUGCUUCCCACAAUUGGGGUGGAAUCAUCUGGAUUUUUCUGAAUGUUUUAAAGAAUUGCUGAGAGGUAGGAAACAGCCAAGUAUGAAAUCCUGAUCUUGGAGCUACAGCCCAGGAUCAAUCAGAAAGUUAUAUGCAAAAAUUCGGGGUUCCAACAAGGAGAGAACAUGUCAACCAUUUGCAUGGGGUUGAUGAAUGACAAACAUGAGCGUAGCAAGAGUUACAUUUUGCAGAAUAAUAGCAGAGUCACAUCCAGAGUAGAACAGCAGCCAGCAAGCUGCCAUCCUGAUCGGUUUGUGGUGCAAGGUUAGGGAGUAUGAGUACCACAUGAGUCCAUGCUAGGGAGAUACGCACCAGGCUUAUCUAAGAAACUUAAAGCAGUAUUUUACCAACACUUGUCUUAGGGAGCAUAAAGUUUGGAUGUCCCUUUAUUUCAGCAGUGUGAAGGUAAAGGGUGAGGGUUUGACUUGAUACUGAUUGGUCAAGAAUCCUGCUGGAUAAAGAAAAGGAAUUUUAGAAGUGACCAGAGGGACAGUCCAGCCAAACUAUUAUUUGAUAAGGAACCUGAGGCCCCUUAGUUUCGUGGCUGAGAGCAGAUUAGGAGCCAACGUUGUUUGCACAUGUCCCAUCACACCUGGGAUGUCAGACUUGGGAAGUUCGUGCUAUUAUUCAGCUGCCUCCCUGGACCAUGGCAAGAUUUCCUCAUCCAUCAAACAGACUCCAGGCCCUGACUCAUCAGUUGGAUUUGGCAUGUGUGAUGAAAACAAUUAGCCGUCCACGUACAACAUUAUGCUUACUGCAUCCCAGGGAAACUUAAUUCCCUCCUAGCACAUACUUGCAUACUGAAAGGCCCGAAAAGGGCAUCCGUGGCAGCUUGAGCCCCUUAGCACCAUGUAAGGAGCACAGCAUCCAAACGGCUUCUUGAGAACCAUUUGGGAAUGUCUUUUUUUUCACAUCCAAUUGUUUAGUGUCUAUUUAUUCUUGCAUGGCCUGUUUUGAAAUCUAAAAAGGGACAAUAAAGCAAAAAGUAUCAGUAAGGUUAGGUGGCUGAGACCCACUGCCCUGAGCUACUAGUGUGGCUGUGCCCAUGGGUCUCUGGAACCAUCUGCAUUGGACCUGAAGCCACAGCAGGUGGCUGGACUGCUGCCCUGUUCCUAAUGAGCUACGCUGGGCUUUCAGGUAGAGGCUGGGGUUGAUGAACCCCAACUCUGGCUUAAAGAUCUUGCUGUGGCUCUGUUAUGUUCUGAGGCCUUGAGAUCAGCCUCUUCCUCAUUAUGGAGCUGAUUUUCUAGUCUGUGGAUCAGCUAUGCCUUUGGGCACUUCUCUUUUUCAUUGUGCCUUUUGAAUGUUGGCUUCUCACUCAGCAUCAACCAUUUCCACCUAAAUGCAGACUAGGGAGUUGGGAGAAGGAACCAAAGUGCAGCACCCUACGUUUAUUCAGUCAUUUGUUCAUCUGUCAAACACAUAUUUGGACAUCAAGGUUGCAGAGAUCAACAAUGCAUGGAUUCCAUCUUUGAGGAGUCAAAUCCUAGUGGAGAGAACACGUAGUACAGUUGUACUUGUAACACAUGAAGGACAAGUAAGUGCUGCAGUAAAGGUACUAAUAGCAUGUUCCUUGGAACAGAGGAAGAGAAACCACAAAACCAUGGAAAUUAGGGAAGCCUUUACAGAGGGUGUGACAAAACUCAAUUUGACAUUUUCAAGCUAUGUACAAUGCUGUGCACCUUGCAGAUGCUCAAUAAAGUAAUUAUUGACAACU